AUGGAUGUGGACCGAAUUGCUCGCGAUCCUAAAUACGCUCCUGUCAAAAGAAAAAGUCACCAAAAAACCCGCUCAGUUCGGGAUUUAUUCGCUGAUGUCGACCAGGAACCGGUGUUUAAAGAUAAACGGGGUCGACCCUGGGUCAAAAAUCCCCGGGCAUAUGCCAAAGCACAGCUGGCCAUGAAGAGAACAGAAUGCGAAAUAAAAUCCCCUACAACGAAACAAGCAAUGGAUCAGGAGGAUCUGGAGUCAAAGUGUGCGGAAGAAGAACAACUAAACGAAAAACACGAAGAUUCGGAGAAUGAUUCGAUGUCUGAAAGAGAGUCAGAUGAAUCAGAUACAAUGUCACAAGACAGCCGUUCGACAUCAACAGAAUCGGAUACAGAACAUGACCCAGGUGAAAUCCUUGCGGAUCUUCAAGAGGCGGAUUGGCAUGAGCUAACCAAAGACGCUGCACCGGCGACAACGAUUGGGAAACGACUGGCGUUACUCCAUUUCGACUGGGACAAUGCAAAGGCCGAAAAUAUCUACAUGGUGCUAGAGUCUUUUCUACCACCUCGUGGUCACAUUGAAUGCGUUACGACAUGGACUCAGAUUGAUCAUAUAGCUAUAGACGGAGAGGAUGUGUGA